AAAUUCAAUGAUCGAGCCCAAAAGCAUAUAAACAAAAGUUUCCAGUACGGUCAGGUGACUGUUGACGAAUCGAGUAAUUUUCUGGUAAAUUCAGUAAAGUUAAAAUGACACCCGAUCCGAAAGAGAACAAAUCGCAGUCUGGUCCCCCGGCAGAACACUCCCCAUCCAACAACGCCCAGGAUGAACAGACUUCCGGCGAGGAGAAUGAGGAUGAUGUUGAGGUUUCGCUCGAUGAAUUUGAGUCUGUCAAUAACUAUCUUGAUUCUCUCAACUCCGCUCUGGAUGCAAUCGAACAACGGAAUGACGAUCUAAAAGCCCAGUUGCUUAAUUUGCUGCAAUCGAAUCGGGAAAUUCGACAAUCGAUGCAGGAAGAGAAUGCCAAAAGUUCGGGAUCGGAUAAUGGACCAGAUCCGGAGGCAGCUCCCGAAAAUGCGAUGGAGCAUUGAGAGAAUCGCUGAGGAUCGUUUAAUUUAUGCUUUGUUAAUAUAGUAUUCCCUUGUUUCUCGUUGAAAAAGUAUAUGUAAAUAACCGCAUAUGUAUAAACAUAACAUAUAAUAUAUAGGAACAGAUUUUCUCGUUAUUGGUGAGAUGUUGGAAAAAUAGCGAACAAAGUGACAUUCAGGACGGGAUGUAAUAAUUGAAAUAAAAAGAAACAAUUCUAUUUCAAAAA